AUGAAUGUUGGAAUUACACGAGCUAAGUCUUCUGUAUUGGUCGUUAGUUCAGCUGCAACAUUAAAGAGCGAUCCGCUAUGGAAAAACCUCGUAGAAAGUGCUGAGAAGAGAAACCGGUUGUUCAAGGUAUCAAAGCCAUUGACCAUUUUCUUCAGCGAGGAGAAUCUGGAGACGAUGAAAGUGACGGAGAAGGACAUGGAGAUUCCUGAUGCACCAGGUUUUGAAGAUGAAGCUUCUCCAGUUGCAAAUCACGGUGGAGAUGAUGACAACGACUUUGGAGAUGGUGAUGCUGAUCAAGACGAUGCAGCUUUCGCGGAAGAAGACUAA